UGAUACUCCACGUCUUCAUGUUCAGCACAUGUGCUCUGCCGUGAAUAUACUUAUAAAGGUGCUACAAAGCAAUCCAACGCUCUUUACAGUGUGUUGUAUAAGCCUUGUAUGUAGGUACAUCACGUACGCCAUGGUCUACCAACCAACUAGUGAGCACACAAUACACAUACACACACACACACACAUGAGCCCAAGGUAGAGAUGUUGUGCGUAUUCCCUGGAUUCUCAAGUGCCAGGGUGGUCUCAACUUAACAGCCAAGGGUAGGUUAGGUUGACGAUCUGGUUGUGGUUGUCCUGGUCUGAAACGAUGCCCAGAACCAGGAGGGUAAUGAAAUCAUGAAUCUCAGAGCUACUCAUGACAAAGCACGUUUGGUGUCAAUGUCCAGUAGCAGAAACACCCUGUUUGAUUCAGCCCGGGGAGUGAAUAUUUGUCGAACACAAGUUUUGCCUGACUCUCAAGAAAGAACGAAGAGAUUAUAUAUUGUACUCUAGAGUGAUCCUUGGAGUGUCGUUGAAUUGGUAAUCAACUGUUUGAGGAGAAGCAGAUCAAUCGCUCUCUUAUUUCAAAAUCAUUCCUCACUUCUCUGGAUUUACAUUGAUAAUGCCUCUGGACUUGGAGUUCUCAUGGGUGGAUUAUGUGGUGUUUGCGGCCAUGAUCGUGGCCUCCUUCGGGAUCGGCAUCUAUCAUGCUAUCAAAUCCAGUGGCAACAACGAAGAAUAUCUCAUGGGUGGGCAUUCAAUCGGGGUGAUCCCAAUGGCCAUUUCCUUGUGUGCCUCUUUUAAUUCGGCUUACAUGAUCCUCGGCAUCCCAAGUGAGAUGUACACGUACGGGACACAGUUUUACCUUAUGAUCUUCGGAACUGGCGUCGGAGUCGUUUUGGCCGCAGAAUUGUGGAUUCCGGUCCUCUAUCGGCUCCAAGUGGUGUCCAUUUACGAGUACUUCGAAUUGCGAUAUAAAUCCAAGUUUCCCAGGAUUCUCAUGACAAUCAUCUUUGUACUGAAAACCGUUCUUUAUACCGCCUUGGUUGUAUACGCCCCUACAAUCGCCCUCAGCUCUGUGAGCUCCUUGUCUUGGUGGGUGUGCAUCCUCGUUUUAGGCAUUAGCUCCACCCUCUAUACCACCCUGGGGGGCAUGAAGGCAAUCGUGUGGACCGAUGUGUUUCAAAUAUUUAUCAUGUUCGGUGGAAUCCUCGCCAUUCUGAUCCGAGGCCUGGAAAGAACGGGCGGAUUCUCCAAUGUUUGGGACACAGCUGAAAAAAGCGGUCGCAUCGAAUUCUUUAACUUCAGCUUGGACCCUUUCGAAAGACACACAUUCUUUAACGUCCUCAUUGGUACAAUCAUCUUAUGGGGAUCGCCAUACGUGUGCUCUCAGUACUUGGUACACCGUUGCAUUUGCCUGGAAUCGUUAGCCAAGGGGAAAUUGGCACUCUACCUAAACUAUGUGGGACAGGUGACCAUGGUCACCCUUGUGAGUACGGUGGGCCUAGUUCUGUACUCCUACUACCUCGAGUGUGACCCAGUUCUGGCCAAUGUGGUCUCGAAGCGCGACGCUGUGAUCCCAUUAUUUGUUCUCCAAGAGUUUGCCACUUAUUACGGAAUUCCAGGGAUCUUCAUCUCUUGUCUAUUCUCGGGAGCCCUGAGUACGCUUGACUCAGCCUUGCAUGCUUUGGCGGCGGUCACGUGGGAAGAAAUUAAAGGCUUUGAGAUGUUUCAAAAGAUCACUGACGCCCAAGAAACCAGAAUUACCAAGGCUUUGUCGAUUGGGUUUGGCUUAAUAGCCACGGGUCUGGCGUUUCUGUGCCGGAAUGUAGGAUCCCUGAUUAGUUUGGGAGGAACCCUCUUUGGCGCAUGCAUGGGACCGAUGUUCGCCUUCUUUCUGAUGAGUGUGACUUUGCCUUUCCUCAACCUAAAGGGAUCGUGCAUUGGCCUCGUAAUUAGUCAGAUUAUAAAUAUCAUCCUCAGUAUCGGGUCUGUGGUCUACAGUGUGCCUGCCCCUAAGUUAGAACUGCAUCUCACCAAUUGCUCCAUGUUUGGAUUGGAUUUGGACUCAUUUGAUUCAAACCAAACUUCGAACGCUUUGACCCAAGGCCAAUAUGAGGCUGAACAUAAUUCUUUUCUCGCCAUCUUCCAACUAUCAUAUAACAUUUAUCCCAUCAUAGGAUUUUGUCUUACGUUCGUUCUGGCCAGCAUUCUCAGUCUUUUCUUUGGUGGAGACAAGGACAUCACUCAAGAUGACGAGCCCUAUUUCAUACCCGGAGCGUGGAAACUUUACAAUCGGAUCCGAGAAGUACCCAAAGGAUCAAACUUGAUAAGUAACUUGGAUGGUCAUAAGAUGGAACCAAUUGAAUAAGGAAAGCCUUCCAGCAGUGUUGCUAGACCUCAAAAAUUUGAUUUAUUUAUUGUCAUACGUUCUUUUGUUUGAUCACGGUAAAAAUAAAAAAUACAAUAUCGCGGUGCUCACACCAAUGCAGGCAAAUGAA